GUGUACAAUGUUCACUAUACUAUGAGCAUUAAUGGAAAAGUACAAGAUGGAUCAAUGGAAAUAGAUGCUGGAAACAACUUGGAGACAUUCAAAACGGGAAGUGGGAGUGAAGAGGCUGUGGAAGUUCAUGAUUUUCAGAUUGGCAUAACUGGAAUCCGUUUUGCUGAAGGAGAGAAGUGUUACAUCAAAGCUCAGCCAAAAGCUCACGUCCCCGAAGUUGAUGCUAUGACUAAAGCGAGCCUCUCAUCUGAGCUGGAAGAUGAAAUCAUGCCUGUGAGAUUUGAUGAAAACUCCCUUAUCUGGGUGGCUGCAGACGAGCCUAUCAAGCACAACAGUUUCCUAAGCCCCAAAAUUUUAGAGCUUUGCAGGGAUCUUCCAAUUUUCUGGCUGCGACCAACAUAUCCCAAAGAUAAUCAGAGGAGAGAAAUGAAGAGAAACAAACGUCAAUCAGAAUCAAACUUGGAUACAGAAGACCUGGAAGCUGCCACCAGGUCACCCACCACACAGCUGACUCAAGAGCUUGACCACCAGUCUAAUGGAACCAGGCCAAUGGGACAAGAAACUGAUCAGACACUUAAUCCAGACAACCCAUACAACCAACUGGAAGGUGAGGGGAUGGCGUUUGACCCCAUGCUGGAUCACCUAGGCGUGUGCUGCAUUGAAUGCAGACGAAGUUACACACAGUGCCAGAGAAUCUGCGAGCCUCUCAUGGGCUACUACCCAUGGCCUUACAACUACCAAGGCUGUCGUACUGCCUGCCGAAUCAUCAUGCCCUGCAGCUGGUGGGUUGCUCGUAUCAUGGGUGUUGUGUGA